GCGCGUUGACAGAGCUGCGUGGGGCCGCAGCUGCACUCGGGGUUCGUGUCGGUGCUGCUCAGUCUCCGGGACGGACGCAGGAGGAAGAUGUCCCCGCUGCUGCUGCUGCUGCUCGGCCUCCUGUCCCUGAUGCUGUGCGUCCUCCGCGGCAGGAAGAGACGAGACGGCGAGCCUCCGCUGAUCAAAGGCUGGAUUCCUUUCGUUGGAAAGGCUCUGGAGUUCGGAAGAGAUGCCCAUAAGUUUCUUGAAGACCAUAAGACCAAGUUUGGAGACAUUUUUACAGUCCGGAUAGCAGGUAAAUACAUGACCUUCAUCAUGGAUCCUUUACUGUAUCCAAACAUCAUCAAACAGGGCCGGCAGCUGGACUUCCACGAGUUCUCCAACCAGGUGGCGCCCUUCACCUUCGGCUACCCGCCCAUCAUCACCAGGAAGUUCCCCGGCCUGCGGGAGGAGAUCGGCCGCUCCUUCCAGCUCCUCCAGGGAGACGACCUCACGGCCCUGACGGAGAGCAUGAUGGGUAACCUCAUGCUGGUGUUUCGUCAGGACCACCUGGGUGAGGAUGGCGGCUGGAAGAACGGCAGCGUGUACGAGUUCUGCAACUCGGUCAUGUUCGAGGCCACCUUCCUCACCAUGUACGGCAGGCCGGCGAGCACCAGGCGCCACAGCGGCAUGGGCGUGCUGAGGGAGGACUUCGUCCGGUUUGACACCAUGUUUCCGCUGCUUAUCGCUCAGAUCCCCAUCUGGCUGCUGGGACAGACCAAGAUGAUCCGCGAGAAGCUGAUCAACUUCUUCCUGCCGCACAAGAUGAAGUGCUGGUCCAACACUUCACAGUUCAUCAAGAGACGAGCGGAGCUGUUUGAGCAGUACGACACAUUUAGGGACGUCGACAAAGCAGCUCAUCACUUUGCCAUCCUCUGGGCGUCUGUGGGGAACACCGUCCCCGCCACCUUCUGGGCCAUGUACUACCUGGUGAGUCACCCUGAGGCCCUGCAGGUCGUCCGCCAGGAGAUCCACGACGUCCUGAGACUCAGCGGCGUCGAGUUCAGCAGAGACAGAGACGUGACCCUCAGCAGGGAGCAGCUGGACAAGCUUCUUUAUCUGGAGAGCGCCAUCAACGAGAGCCUCCGUCUGUCCUCGGCCUCCAUGAACAUCCGUGUCGCUCAGGAGGACUUCAGUCUGCGGCUGGACGGCGAGCGCUCAGUGGCCGUCAGGAAAGGAGACAUCAUCGCCCUCUACCCUCAGAGUAUGCACAUGGACCCCGAGAUCUACGAGGAGCCUCAGACGUUCCGGCUCGACCGCUACAUCCAGGACGGCAGAGAGAAGACGGACUUCUACAAGAACGGCCAAAAGCUGAAGUACUACCGCAUGCCGUUCGGCUCCGGCUCCUCCAUGUGUCCCGGACGACACUUCGCCAUCAACGAGAUCAAGCAGUUCCUGUGUCUCCUGCUGCUCUACUUCGACCUGCAGCUGGAGGAAGGUCAGCCCAGAGCCACCCUGGACCCCAGCAGAGCCGGAAUGGGCAUCCUGCUGCCCAGCAGGGACGUACGCUUCCGCUACAGACUGCAAACAGUCCAACCAGGGAAGUGAUGCAAGUGUGUUAUUGGCUGGACACGCUGCGGACGAUCGCUCUGUAACAUAUGCAUUACGUACAUAAUGUAUAUUUGUAGAACACCGGUGUUUAAAGUGAAAGGUCGCUGGCCGGAUCAAACCGGGAAUGUCUAGGAAGUCUAGUCUGUUGUGGACAAGAUCAGAGUUGUAGUUUCCAGGAUUCCUCUUUUAUAUGUCACGUCACGCAUUCCAACUUAAAGCAAGACUAAAGUUCUGCCGGUCACAAAGUCCUAUUAUUUGUGGGAGAAAGUUCCCUGUUUGCUACACAGUGCACCUUAUUUACUGUCUGCCUUUGUAUUAUGGGGUCUGAAUUCUAGUUCGUACGUUUCAUUUAAUCUACUGUCGAUCCAACAAAUCUUUCAUCACCUUAUUCAGUAACCAUGGCUGCCGUACUCCAGCGUUACUUUAGCUCAGGGGCCCCUUCGGCCUUGUAACCUGCAAACUCACUAAACUCUCAUUUACUCAAACCAGAGCAUAGGUUGUGUUUCUCCAUCAGCUAGUCCAGACUGCAGCUGUUCGAACCCAUCUUUCGAAUGAGGACCAGAGCCGUCGUGGUUCAUCCUCAGGCAGAGAGACGGACACACGGCGUUUGCUGCAAAGUUGUUUUUGUUAAUUAAACAGUGAUUCGGAUCUAUAGAGUGAGAUUCAAAUGUUAAGGAUCUAUUGACAGAAACAAUAUAAUAUCCAUAAGUAUGUUUUCAGUGGUGUAUAAAGACCUUACAUAAUGAACUGUUAUGUUUUUAUUACCUUAAAAUGAGCCAUUUCUAUCUACAUGCACCGCAGCUCCUCUAACAUGGACGUCACCAUGUUUCUACAGUAGCCCAAACAGACAAACUGCUCUACAGAGCUCGUUUCGUCACCACGUUUAAUACGUACAAAGAGUGUAUGUAUGUAGUGUUGUUUAUCUGCUCUGAUAAUGUUAAUCCAACACAUCUUUGUAGCAGCGUCCAUAUUGAUUCCACAUUUCAACUAAAGAGCACAUGCACACACUGAAGUCAGAAGAACGACUUUGCAACUCGGGAAAUGGGAGGAGCACUUGAAUGCACUGUGAGCCGCUGGUUGCAAUACACAACCCUCACCACUAGAUGGCACUAAAACUUUGAGAGGGGUUUAUAUACUCACAUUGCCCCAGUCCAGCAGAGGGCAGCACCCCACUUCCAACACCUAUGCAGAUGAUGUUGUACUGUGACACUUUGAACCACUUCCCUGCAUCAUGAAUAAUAAACACUUUCUGACUGUAAUGUGAAGAUGUUUAAAAGGAACUGUGAUAUACAGAUAUUAAUAACUAAUUAAAAUCCUUUUCAUUACUAAAUCUAAAAAAAAUAGCCACGUAGGUAAACCUGGGAGCAUCAGACCCACGUUAUACACUGUCCAAUACUUUAUGAAUUAUGUCAGUUCGUUAUCGGACAAGACUUCACACAUCUGUAUAGAACGAUCUUCAGGUUUUACACAGAACUGACCCUGUUGGAAUGAUUUACAAAACAAAUUAUUGAUGUGAAACACUUUUUACACAUAUUUUACACGUCACAUAUGACAAAAAAAAAAGAAAUAUAUAUAUAUGUGGUUUAUCACAUUUGAAACAGCAAUGAAUUCACAUAUAGAGGUAGUUACUGUCUAGUGGCAUGUGUGGUUUUCACGUGCUUUACUGUUUAGAUUCAGGGUGAAUCUUCUGUGAUUUAUGUAAUUUAGGAAGUGAAACCCUUUUUUUCCACGGUGCUGGUUAUUUUUGUUAAAUAUGCAAAGUUAAAUCAAACAGAAUACAGGUAUCUGCAGAGUGUUCAGUUGGUAAUUCUGCCUUUCAUUUUGUAAUUGUAGAACUCUAUAGCACCUUAAUUCAAGCUGUAAUAAACUGAUGUAAAAAAAA